GUUUUAUAUUAAAAAAAAUAAAAAAGUAUAUAGUGUGAACACAUUUAUGAAUAUAGUGUGAACGCGUUAACAUAUUUAUUAUCAAAUCAUUGUGAGGCUGCCACGUGUAUAUUAUAGUGUGAAUGCAUUUAUUACAAUGCUUCUCCUUUAAUAUAUAAGGGAUUUGGAUUCUCGAAAAAAGUUUUUAAAGGUUGUGUUUAAUUUUAAUGAAUUCUGCAUUCGCUGACCAUAAUAUAUAGCUUAAAAUAGGUAAAAACGAAGCCCAAGCACCAUGUUUAAUUAAGAAAUAUUCAACAAAUGAAGCCCAAAUAAAAUACUACGUACACAUCAAUUUUGCAAAACUCAAUAACGGAAUUAUGAAGAUUCGGUAAAGUUUCAAUAUUGGGAAAGUUUAUGAGCGACUUGAGGAAAUAUAAUAUUGCAUAUAAAACUAUAUAUUAGACUUUCUUCACAGUCCAUGCAAAUUGAGAAUUGUUCCAUUUCUUUACUUUAGGUUUCUCUAGUUAUUGUAUGUAUAUAUAUAUAUAAUGUAUAAUCAAACGGAUAAUCAAGCCUUAAACCUAUACUCACCUUCUUCAUUGUAUCAGCAGAGAAAGGUUCGUCAUCAUUAGUUUUUUUCUUAUUACUCUUGAUGAUCUUUCUUGUGCAAGAAGUAACUCAGAAGUUCUAAUCUGUUAGUGGUCAAAGGGUCAAGAAUUAAGAGGAUUUAUGUUCAGUAGUAAUAUGACUCUUGUUUAGCGUCCAAGUUAGGUCUUUCAGCAAUAUUAACCAAUUCAACGUGUUUCCUCAAUUUCUAAAAUUUAUUUGUGUAUAUAGAAUCAUUUUGUUCUUUGUAUUCAUCUCUCUUCUAUCUCUUGGUUUUGUUACAGAGAUGGCUCAGUACACCGUUAAGAAAAUCUCUCCGAAGCUCGGAGGAGAAAGAGGAACUCGAAACCCUAACGGCCCAACUUCUUCAUAUGACCUCGUCGAGCCAAUGGAGUUUCUUUACGUAGAAGUAAUCAAAACCAUCAACAAAUCUGUCCUAAACCCUAUCACCCACGCAUGUAUCCCUAUCGUUGAGAUCACUCUCGGCAACUACCAAUCCUCUACCAGAGAUCUACCAGUGGGACCAGACGGGGCCUGGAACCAAGUCUUUGCUUUCGACAAAUCUACAGCUGAUGUCUUGUCCGUUGCCCUAAAAGACGGUCAGUUUCCUAACAAUACCUUGAUCGGCAAGCAAAACUUCAAGGUGGCUGCUGAUAUUCCGUCUAGGGUUCCUCCCGAUGCAAGAAUGGCUCCUCAGUGGUACCCUAUACCGAGCACUGUGGAAGGUUACCACAUGGAGUUGCUGAUGUCGGUUUGGUUCGGUACACAAGCCGAUGAGGUUUACUCAAACGCUUGGUUUGCCGAGGCGUCUCUUGUCAGUGCUAAAUACGUGAAAAACACGCGACCUAAACUCUACCUAGCUCCAAGGCUCUGUUACGUUAGGGUUACGAUUGUUUCAGGCCAUGAUUUGCUUGCUAGCGAUGCAAAACGAACACCUAACGUUUACGUGAGGGCAAUUCUAAAUGAAAACCUUACAGGUGAAGUCUGUUUAAAAACCAAGCCAAUCGAAAGCGAGAACCCGUCUUGGAACCAAGACCUCAUCUUUGUAGCAUCAGAGUCGUUAGAAGGAACGGUCAAAUUUGAACUUUGGGAUCUUAUCGGCAAAGGCCCCCCUCACCAACAAUGCAUAGGGACAUUAGAAAAGAAGCUAUCAGAGAUGACAGCGCUUAAAGUUCCAGGAGCCGCAUCGGCUCUGUUCUACGACGUUGAACCAGGCGGUAAGAUCAUACCGGAAGGCGACACGAGGCGGUUCUCCUGCAGACUCAAGAUGAAGCUAGCAACUGAUCAGUCCUACCAUGUAUUUGAUGAAAGCACCCAAUACUGUAGCGAUUACCGAGCUUUCGCAAAAGGGUUAUGGCCCGGUACGUUAGGGAAAUUAGAAGUUGGUAUUCUUGGUGCAACCGGUUUAACACCCGCGAAAAACGUGGAAAAGCAAAGGAACGCUUAUGUUGUGGCCAAGUAUGGUAAUAAAUGGGCCAGGACUCGAACCAUGGUCAAUAACAAGUCGCCUAAGUGGAACGAGCAGUAUUCUUGGGACAUAUACGAGAAGUAUACUGUCUUAACGCUUGGAGUCUACGACAACCAUCACAUCUUAAGUAUGAAUGACGGCGACCAUGUCCCGCUCGGGAAAGUGAGGAUCCCAUUGAGUUUACUUCAAUGGAACAGGAUCUACACUGGUUCUUAUCCGAUCGUGGUGUUAGGGAAAGAAGGUUUAAAGACAACAGGUGAGAUUCAGCUAGCGGUUCGCUGCGCUUGUCCACCGUCAACGUUAACGUUCUUUCCACCUUCCUACGCGUUUGCUACGGCUCCUUUCCGUUUGCUGUUACCGAAGUCUCAUUACAAGUCUCCACUAGGGUUUCCACAGACCGACCAACUGCGAGAGUUAGCUGUCGGUGUGAACUGUCAGAACCUGGCGAGAACUGAGCCGCCAUUGAGAACUGAAGUCGUUAAGGAUAUGUUGUCGCCGAAGAAUAAUAACUUCAGUAUGAGAAAAACCAAAGCUAAUGUCGCAAGGCUUUAUGACUUCUAUACGUGGCUCUCAAGCAAGUAUGGUCGGUUAGAUGCAGAGGUCAGGUCCACGACAGAUAACACUCCGAAGUGGAUCACGUUUGCUGUCUGUUUUUGUGUUCUUUGGUUGCUGCCGCCGUUAACGCUGGGGUUGGUGGUUUAUCUAUAUCCAUACUGCCUCGUGUCAUUCAGUGUUUACGUAAUGAUCAAGGUCUUGGUGGAAUAUUACAAGACGAGGAAUGGUACUGGUCCUCCUCCUCCUUUGGUUCUAUUCGACGUGAAGCUCUCGAGGCUCGAGAAACUCGACGACACGCAGGCGCUUGACGAGGUAGCCGAGGAGUUCGACGCGACGUCGGCUGUCGACCCGGCGGUUCUCAAGAUGAGGUACGAUAGGUUGAAAGCUAUGGGUGCGGAGGUGAUGGUGUUUUCGGGGGAAGCUGCGUCGCAGUUCGAAAGGUUUCACGCGCUUUGGGUGUUAUGUACGAGCAAUGCAGUCGUGUUGAUUUGCGUCCUGGCCCUGCUUUACCCGGUCUUGCUCGUCUAUUACUAUUUUUCGUUGGAGUCUCUGGUUAAGGUUUUCAUUACCGUCUUUGUUUUUAAAUGGGUUAACUUCACGUUUAAUCGGUUGGAUCUGCCCUCUGCCUUCAAGAACUUCUUCAGAAGAUUGCCUAACAAAGAACACCUCAUGAUGUGACCGACCCUUGUCAAAAGAGGUUUUUUUUUUUUUUUUUUUUUGCUUUUGCUUUUGUAUUGACGGU